AUGUCGAAAACAAAAUAUGAUUUUUAUCAAACAGAAACACAUGUUUUUGUGACGAUAUUGAAACGUGGCUUAACAUUGGAACAAUGUAAAGCACAUUAUGUAGAUGGUUGCUUAACAGUAGUAGCAGCGGGUGAAACGUUAUUAAACAUACGGUUAUCUCAUCCGAUUAAUCCUACAUCAUUAGAACUGAAGUGCUUACCAUCCAAACCGGCAUUAAUUAGUUGGGAUAAAUUUGCUAAAGAAGCAGAUGAUGACGAAGAAAAAGGAGAUGUCAAUGUACUUUUCCAAAAAUUAUAUAAAGAUGCAGAUGAUGACACAAGGAAAGCAAUGGUGAAAUCAUAUACAGAAAGUGGCGGGACAGUGCUAAGUACAAAUUGGAAAGAAAUAAGUAAAAAACGCACGGAAGUUCGGCCUCCUGAUGGAAUGGAAUUUAAAAAAUGGUGA